AUGAGUAUCGAAAUUCAAAAUUUGGUUAGAGCUGAUCCUGGAGUACCUGUGGCCUUACUUCAAGAAGCCAUUAAAAGACAACAUGGCUAUAAUGUCAAUUAUAGACGGGUGUGGCAAGCCAAGAGAAAAGCGUUAAUUGCUGUGUUUGGCGUCUGGGAGAAAUCAUAUUCGGAGCUUCCGUAUUGGCUGAGUGUUGUUGUUCAUUACAACCCAGGAAUACAAAUAGACUGGUUUUUCCUUCCCUCUGAUGUGCCAGGUACGACUAUUUUUGGACGAGUUUUUUGGUCUUUUGGUAGAGAAGGGUUCAACCAUUGUAGGCCAUUAAUCCAGAUUGAUGGAACUUAUCUAUACGGAAAGUAUAAGGGAAAAUUAUUAACAGCCUUAUCUGUUGAUGCAAACGGACAUAUAUUUUCCCUUGCUUUUGCUAUCGUAGAAGGUGAUAAUUCGUCCAGCUGGUCAUGGUUUUUGUGGGCAUUGCGUGAAUAUGUUACCCAAAGAGAGGGUAUUUACUUGAUUUCUGACAGAUAUAAGGGCAUUCUUGCUGCAAUUAAUAAUGAAGAAAUUGGUUGGAAUGAACCCAGAGCGUACCACCGAUAUUGUCUUCGCCAUGUUGCCAGUAAUUUCAAUACAAGAUAUAAAUCGAAGCAACUAAAAAAUUUGGUGUUUAAGGCCGGAAAUCAACACUAA